CGACUGCUUUCGAGAUGACUUGCGUCCGACGACGGGAGGUGAACGGUGUGUAUCGGUACAUAGGAAAGGAACCGGUGGAGAAGCGGAGAAAAAAAAGAAAAAAAAAAGAAAGGUCCCGCAAUAAAACCCAAGAGGCUUUACCACCAAGCAGGGUUUAAUGUGUUUUGGAUAUCUUUUUUUUUCUUUUUUUCUUCUUCUUCCAUAUCAGGAAAAACAAGGGGGGAGUCUGGCGGUGAACAAGAAGGAAGGAAUGGAGAAGGGAGAAUGGUGAAUGGAGGAGACGAAGAAGAAGAAAAUAGGCCGCUAGUGUGGUCGAUGAGAUGCAGCCCAGCCUAAAGUGACGGCAUAGGGAUCGAAAUGCUUGGAAAAGGCAUUUAUGUAUGCACUAUGUGUGUGUGUGUGUAUGUGUGUAUGUAUGUGCGUACGUGCGUACAUACAUACAUGCGUGCUUGCAGAAGGGUGGAUUGCAUGUGUGGAUGUGGAUGUGGAUGUAUGCCAUUGUAUGGUCUGCGUGGUCGUGUGUGCAAAUAGGAGUUACAGGAAUCGACGACCCGGGUAUUCGGGUUUCGCGGACCUGAUUGGACGGAAACACACCGAGGUGUUGGAGGUUGGUUUGGCCUAUUGGCUGGCAUUCCUGUCUUUUUUUACUUUUUUUCUUCUUCUCUUCACCUACAGUACCUACUACAUGAGGUUACUUUUUUUUCUCUUUGUUAGGCAUGUAACUACUGGUUGGUGGCAUCAAGUAUGUUUGUUGUUGUUGUUGCUGUUGGAAGAUUACGAUGUCUCUGUUGGGCAGAAGUUAGGAGACUAACAGAUGAGCAAGAGAGAGGCGCAAACUGUCUCGAAAGGGAUAUAUUAAUUGGUUAAUAGUUAGUAGAAUAAUUGGAAGAUAUCAAAUCUAAAAAUACAAAUAAGAACAAAAAUAAA